CACGCACACACAUCAUCACUCCACUAUCUAAAGGUCUCUCUGCCUGGGCGGUAACUCCGAAACCAUCUUUUUCUCUGUCUCACGCCUUUUCUCCUUCUCGCUUUUUUGGUUGAAUCACGCUUUUUUCUCCUUCUCAUUCAUUCCUUCAGAUUCAUCAGAUCCCGCUUUCGUGAAAAUUUUCUGAUUCUCAGACGAUUCUCCAGUGACCCUUCUCUUUGAUUAAUCGGAAAACUCCAAAGUACAGAUUUUUUGUUGUAAGAAGCAGAGAAAGAAGAAGAUUUGUGUUCUGAAUCAUGGAACCAGUGAAGCCGGAGGAGAUGUCUCAUCCUCCAAUGGAUCAACUUCAGGGUUUAGAGUAUUGUAUUGACUCAAACCCUUCAUGGGGGGAAGCUAUAGCUUUAGGAUUUCAGCAUUACAUUCUUUCCCUCGGAACUGCAGUGAUGAUCCCAUCGUUUCUUGUUCCUCUGAUGGGCGGUGACUAUGGUGAUAAAGUGAGAGUGGUUCAGACAUUGUUGUUCCUCCAAGGUGUUAAUACCCUUCUCCAGACCUUAUUCGGAACCCGUCUUCCAACCAUCAUUGGAGGUUCUUUCGCGUUCAUGGUUCCGAUCGUUUCGAUAAUCCAUGAUUCUAGAUUCACCCGUAUCGAGGAUCCACACUUGAGAUUUCUCAGUACGAUGAGGGCGGUACAAGGCGCCGUCAUUGUUGCCUCCAGUGUUCAAAUCAUUCUUGGUUUUAGCCAGAUGUGGGCAAUUUGUUCUAGGUUCUUUAGUCCGCUUGGAAUGGUUCCAGUUAUUGCAUUAACGGGUUUCGGCCUCUUUGACAGAGGAUUCCCAUGGGUUGGACACUGUGUUGAAAUCGGAAUUCCCAUGUUUAUCCUCUUCAUCGCCUUCUCACAGGUGAAUCUUGUAGCCAAUUCUCUUUCUCAUCAUUAUCCAGUAUCAAACAUUCAAACAAUGCUUUCUAACCAAAUGCGUCUUGUUCUUGUGCAGUAUCUGAAGAACUUUCAGUUCAGACAGCUGCCGAUACUGGAGAGAUUUGCCCUUCUUAUAUCGAUAUCCAUCGUCUGGGCUUACGCACACCUAUUGACAGCCUCUGGGGCUUACAAACACCGACCAGUACUGACCCAAGAAAACUGCCGAACUGAUAAGUCCAACCUGAUUUCCUCUGCUCCUUGGAUAAAGAUUCCAUACCCACUUCAAUGGGGAGCACCAACCUUCGAUGCUGGCCAUGCUUUCGGAAUGAUGGCUGCAGUUCUUGUUUCGCUCAUCGAGUCAACUGGAGCUUUCAAGGCUGCAUCCCGGCUGGCGAGUGCCACUCCUCCUCCACCUCAUGUCCUUAGCCGUGGAAUCGGAUGGCAAGGCAUCGGUAUACUCUUGAACGGGUUAUUUGGAACGUUAACCGGUUCAGGAAUCUCUGUAGAGAACAUUGGCCUGCUGGGAAGCACCCGAGUUGGAAGCAGAAGAGUUAUUCAAAUCUCGGCUGGUUUCAUGAUAUUCUUCUCGAUCCUUGGCAAAUUCGGGGCAUUGUUUGCUUCGAUACCUUUCACGAUCUUCGCAGCUGUUCAUUGUGUCAUGUUUGGUCUUGUCGGUUCUGUCGGUCUGUCCUUUCUACAGUUCACAAACAUGAACUCCAUGAGAAACCUCUUCAUCGUCGGUGUCUCCCUCUUCUUAGGACUGUCGAUUCCCGACUACUUCCGGGAAUUCACUGCAAAAUCCUUCCAUGGUCCUGCUCAUACCAAUGCCGGUUGGUUCAAUGAUUUCUUGAAUACAAUCUUCUUCUCGUCGCCUACAGUGGCGCUAAUCACGGCUGUGUUUUUGGACAACACAUUGGAAUACAAACACAGUGCCAGAGACAGAGGGUUGCCAUGGUGGGCGAAGUUCCGUACCUUCAAAGGAGAUAGCCGAAAUGAAGAAUUCUACACUCUCCCUUUCAACCUCAACAGAUUUUUCCCUCCUUCGUGAACUUAUUACUAAAUCUUCGUAGUUCAGUCAUCUUUGUACUUGACUGAAUGGAGAUUUAUCAGUUCUUUUUUUUUUGCCUGUGUUCAUUAUUUUUUAUCUAAUAGAAUCCCGAUUAGAUGAACAAAGAGAACAUAUAUGUACAUCUGGUGAGAUUCACAGAGUGAGUUGAGGGUGUGUUCUUACCGGAUUUA